AAUCUGGCAUUCGGCAGUCCUUCCCCCACACACCUUUAAAUAACCAGUUGCCACACUCCCUUUCCUUCCCCGACCCUGCUUUCAACUUCCAACUCCUCCCCCAAAACGCCAAAACCCAAACCCCACUCGGCGAAGAAGGAGAAGAAGCGGCGCAAUGCUGGAGGCGCCGGCGAUCCCUGAGUUGUGGAACACCGUGCACGGGUGGUUCACCCCAUGGGUGUUGUUCGUCGUGCUCAAUCUGGUCGUCGUCACCAUCGUCAUCACCUCCGUGGUCACGGCCCCGACGGAGAGCGGAGAAGGGGCUGCUGCCGGGGCUAACGUCGAGAAGAGCAGCCUGUCCGGCGGGCCGUCAACGGCGCUCGACUGGAACCGUUCGCCCGACCUGCCCCGCUUCACCGCCCCCGCCCAUGGGGCCCCGGCGACCGGAGUGCUGGAUCUGGGACAGCCCGACGAGCAACCGCCGCCGCCCGAGAUGGAGCCGGAGAAUCCGGAUGAGCACGAGCACGAGCACACGCACAUGGAGAGGAGCAUGUCCGAGGCGGCCGUCGAGGCAGAGCUGCCGCGGCUGCCGGCGCGGCAGCGGAAGUCGGCUCGCGACAAAUCGGCGUUCGCGUACAUCGUGGCCGAGAAGGACAACGAGGUGGUGGAGGCGCGCAGGCCGGCGACGACGAGGGACGCGCAUCGCCGCCACCACCUGGCGACGAAGCUAGAGGAGCCGGCCCCGGAGGAGGAGACUGAGGAAGCCGUCGGCGAGGUGGACGCGCGCGCGGACGAGUUCAUCAACAAGUUCCACCACCAGCUGAAGCUGCAGCGCGCCGACUCCUUCAUGCGCUCCCGGGGUACGCUCCACCGCCGCCAGAGGCGCGCUAGGUUGUCGUCUCCCGCAGCCGCGGGUGCUCCGUGAUGCUCCACGGAGCUUCCCGCGCUAGCCUAGUGGAUGAAUGAAUAAUAAGGAAACAAAACCUGGCGUUCGAAUCUUUGCCAAGAAAUGACAUUGCGGCGAGCCAGCUCUCAAGCGUUAAAUCAACCAAUGUUGUGUCGUUCGGCCCAUGCUAUGCGCCGCGGAAUCUGAAUAUGUUUAAUGCUGAUGAGGGUUCUUCUG